AUGGAACGUGGGUGUCGUGCAGAUAGAGGCGCAUUCCAUUGUUGGCCUUGGAGACUGACUGAAAUGCUGACAAUGUCAACAAUAAUUCCUGUUAACCAUAAAACAGAUAAAACACAGAAUAUUAGAGAGAAAGAAAACAGCAGAAGCCUACCAGCCAACCAGACUGGAAAUGGAUUUCUACAUAUGAAACAGUAUCUGAAGGAGAUGACCUCCAUUCAAAACUCUUUGAACACAGGCCGGCCCCUAGCAUUGUGUUUGAGGGAGCAGGUUCCACCUUCUCUACUGACGGAGACAACCACCAAUGGAGCUCACAGUGACAAGACGACUGCAGCUGACAUAGCAGGAUGUACCAUGUCUAUGCAGCACCAUGCUCUAGAUCUCGAGGAGGAAGAAACAUUGAGGAGGCUGAAGUUCACGAGACAAGAUCUUACAAUAGAGAAGCUUCAAUGGAUCUACAAACUACUUUGUGGAUUAACAAACAUGAGGAAUAAAGACCUCAAGACCAUGGUGCCUCUCACAUGUGGGUAUGUGAACAUCAUAAUGAAAGACACAGAAACAACAAACAUAAUUUUGAAGAACUCGCAGAGGUGUCUAACUUUACAGGCUUCACCGGAGGAUUACAACAACUUCAACCAUGACACUUGGGAGUCAUUUAUCAAACCUCAAGACCAAGAUCUGAAGUCACCCUCUGCAAAGUUUGGUGGGUGUAAGCUUGUCCCGUUUGGUCUAAGAAAGAAGGCAGGUCUGAAGGAGUUAGAAACUGAGACAGGAGACCUACCUACAUGGCUGAACUUGAUUCUGGAUGAGACCUUUGCAUAUGAGAAGAAUCCCCAAAUAGCGAAGAAUAAAUAUGACAUGUUGGAGCGGGUCAGGAACGAGUUCUUGGAUGUGCAGAGAUCAAAGAACAACCAGAUGGAGACAGACAUCUACGACAAAAAAAUGCACAGAGAGGAGAGGAUGAAGACAAUGCUCAAUGUAUUAAUGUUGCCUAGAAAAGCGACCAGGCUGUCUAUACUACUUUCCUCACUGAAACAUGAGCUCAGGGAACCAAAAUCCACAACGGUGUUUUGGUGUGAAAUCCUUAAGAGGGAUACAUCAGAACUAGUCGAUGAAAAUAACGUGGAAUACAGGACCAUCCUGCAAAAGAUUGGCCAAUUCUACAACUUCUCACACAAAAAAUUACCCUAUGCAAAGGAGAAGUUUUGCCUCCUCGUGAUCUCUCUCCCGUCCAAUCAGCUUCUCCGUCCGGCCAUGCAGGAAGCUUUGAUGUUCCUCACUGAAAAUGUCCUCCAGAUCCUUCCACGACAACUUAAGCACUGGUUCCAGUUCUUGAAGCUGCCACUCUACGAAUCCCUCUCCUAAAUCCUACCUUCUAAAAAGUCUGAACUACAUGUUCAGUUCAUGUCCACCCUUGUUGACUGUUUUACUGGAGGGUUGGAGGGUUAUCC